AUGCCCGAUCCCAUCGAGUCUAGACAACAAUGUGCUCCUCUCAUUGAGUAUCUUGAUGGCAGCCGUCCCUACGAUGCCAAUACGCCAACAUUGGAUAUGCGCCGAUUGAAAGAACCCUUUUUAUGCAAUAUCUGUGUUGAUUUCUUUGAUACACCUUACAUGCUCGAGUGCGGCCACACAUUUUGCGCAGCAUGUAUAUUGAGCUGGUUAGAACGACACAAGACGUGCCCCCAAUGUCGUAUUGAUAUUGGCAAUCGCCCUGUACCAGCAUAUGCCGUACAGCACCAAGUUACGGUGGUGCGUACAAUGAUCUUUGGGCAUCAAGCUCCAGCACACACUGAAGUGGAACGUGAAGCACAAAGAGGUUUUCAACGCUUAUACCCUGUUGCUCGUCGAGCCCAAUUUAUUCAAGACCGCGAAGAUCAAGUUAAUCGAUGUGGUGUAUGUGGAUGGGAGUUGGACGAAGAAGGCUUCUGCGAUGGCUGUGGCGAACAUUAUCGAGGUGCUGCGCAACAAGGCGAAACGUUACGUGCUUCGUGGCCCAAUGAGUUCUCUGAACUUACAGACGAUGAAGAAGAAGAACAAGAUGAAGAAGAUCCAGAUCUGGAAGGAUUUGUUGUGGAUUCAGAUGAGCCUAUUGAAUGGGAGGAAAUGAGCCAAGGUGAUUUGGAUGAUGAGAGCGACGCAUCUGUACGACAACGUUACGAUCCAACACCAGUAUUUAUAUCUGAAGACGAUGAUUCAUCCAAUGAAAGCGGCAGUGACGAUAGCGACAGUGUGGUUUAUCUUGGUCCAUCUCGUGCCAUUCGUAUACCGGAUACUGAAGAUGAAGAUUCUGACAAUGGGGAUGAGACUUUGGUGACAAGCAGCUUCAAUACCGAUACAAGCAAUACAUUUGAUCAUGUCAAUAACAGCGGAUCCGAUGGUGGUAUGCGUACUGCGGAAAGCGGCAGUGAAAGUGACAGCAGCGAAAGUGACACAACAAGCGAAAGUGAAAGUGACAGUAGUGAAAGUGACAGCAGCGAAAGUGAUAGCGAUGAAGAUGACAGCGACAACAUUGCGGAUGGUCUUCGAGCACUUGCUACAAGCACCAGCACCAGCAGUAGCAGCAACAGCAAUCAUUACAGCUACGACAGCGUUGAUGGUAGUGAUACAACCAACAAUGGGAUCGAUUCUAUCAAUACCAGCAUGAAGAGUAAUACACAUGGUGCAAGUGAUACAAGUAACAACGAUGAUGAUGAUGACGACGACGACGACGAUAGCACUUCCAGUGAUAAUGAUGAGGAUGAGGAUGAGGAUGAUAACGACACCACCACGACCAGUGAUAGUGACAAUGACGAGGAAGCUGGUGCCGCACCACCAUCAAAGAAACGAAGCCUAGACACUAUAAACAACGAUGAUGAUGCUACUGAAACCAACAGCAAGCGACGACCAUCACAUCCAACACCUUCUAAAACAAAAAGACAACGCAAAGGCAAAGGCAAAUUUCGAGGACGAGGACGAGGACGAGGACGUGGUGGCCGUGGCCGUGGCUGGUCCAGGUCAUAG